GGAAAAAAAAAAAAAGCCAGAAAAGGAACUCCAGUCCACGUUCAAUUUGUAAUAUAGCUCACACCAACAAAAAAUUGACUGAAGCGGUGUCGGCGCGGCGGCCGGAAGGAGUAUGAGGAUCAUGGAAUGGGCGGCGAGGAGAGAUCACCUGGGUGGAGUUCCCCGGAAGAUAAUUUUCACGGCGGUCGGAGCAUUUGCAAAAUCGGUGGCCAAUCUGCUCAACACCACCACCGUCUACAACGCCGAAACCCUCCUCCACCUCGUCCGCCACCGCCCGCCCGCCGUCCCUCUUAUCACCGUCAGCAAUCACAUGUCCACUUUGGAUGACCCAUUGAUGUGGGGAUUCAAGGGUUUCCCCAUAGCUGAUGCAGAUUUAGGAAGAUGGGUACUUGCAGCUGAAGAUAUAUGCUUCAAAAAUCCUUUAUACUCCUAUUGUUUUCGGCUUGGGAAAUGUAUUCCAAUAACGAGAGGUGGUGGAAUCUAUCAGCCGCAUAUGGAUGAGGCUCUUGAGCGCUUGGCUGAUGGAGCUUGGGAGUGUGAUGUGGUAGGUUUGCAAAGAUUAGGCCACCAAUUAAUCAGACAAAAGCUUUUCAAUAAUGGUGAAGAAUGUAGCAGAAGGUGCAACAACAACAACAACAACAACAUACCCAGGAUAUUCCCAACAGGUUGGGGUCUGGGGGGUCAGUUGUACGCAGACCUUACCCUUGUUAUGCCAGAGAAAUUUAUGUUCGGUAAAAAGCCUCCCGUUCCUUUGUGUAAGAAAGACAUAAGUAUACUCAUUGGCGAACCACUUUCAUUUGACGUCAAUAAACUGAAACAGAAAGCCAUAAAAAUGUCAAGGGAUUUAUCAUACCCUCAUCAGGGGUGGCCCACAACCAUUUGCGGGCUGGAUGAGGCAGCCCAAAGAUAUCUGUACGCCUCAAUAUCGGAACAAAUACGAGGAGCCAUGGAAAGGUUGCGCGCAAUGGUAACAAAUCGUAUUUGA